UUGAAGAGCAUUUGCACGCGAGAUUCUUCAGCGUCCGACAGAUCGGGUAAUGAACUUCUUCCGGCGAGCAUAUACUUAGAGACUUUCAGUUAUUUAUUCUUCCCUCUCGAUAGAGCGGGGCUAUAAGAGCCUGGGUCACUCGUCCAUAUUAAUCGGCAUGCCGAUUGGUCAAAUAACUUGCAAUUAUGCAUUGGUUUGCAUCGGCUCCAUCUAAACUGCAGAGAAUUUACUUCUCUCUCUCCUUUUCUCUCUUUGCUCUGAAUCUGCUAGAAACAACCGCAAUCGAAGUGGCUUACCAUGCAUUUCGAAAGCUGGAAGGAUUCAAAUGUCAAAAUUGUCAAAAAUGUCAGAAACAUUCCUGCGAGGCUCGUUCACAGGCCCUGAAAAAUCAAGGGGGAAAAGACGAGUAUACGCUCAUGCGUCUCAUUCAAUUCGAAGGUGCCGAUGUGGGUGAUAAAGAAUCCAUUGUUGAGGCCACAUCACUAUUAUAUGCUGCGUCCCAUGGUUAUGAAUGGGCUGUCAAGUUUUGAAUAAACGCUAGCACCAUCGACGCAGAUGCGUCAGGUGAUAGCUAUCCUUCAAACACAGACUUGACUUGAUCUGAGCCGCUAACAAAUGUUAUGACAAUAUUGUCAAGAUCUUGAUUGAUUCUGGAAAGGUGAGUGUGAAUAAGGGGGAUUCUGCUGAUGAGACGGCAUUGAUGGUUGCAAAGGAAAGGGAUCAUGACAAGAUUGUCCAGUUGAUGAUGGGCCCUGGUCAAGUGAGUCCAGAAACAAUGUAAUAGUUGUUAGAGC